AUGAUUAGCUCUCAUGUUGGUCGGCUCUCGGAUGACAUCCUCCUUAUGAUAUUCAAGCUGGUGCGCGAGGAAGACCAAGCUGCCUUGGAUGAUUAUCUCGAGAAAGAAAAUGCCAUCAUAGGCAGACGUUGGGACGAUUGGGGACCAGGUGAAUUAGAUGGAUUAGAUGAAUUAGAUGCGCUCUUGCAAGCCACACGUGUGUGCGAGCAUUGGCACUCACUCGUAUCCCAGACUCCAUCGAUGUGGACUGUGCUGGAAAUCUCCUUCCGUGAAGGUGCUGCAGCUCUUGAGCACGCGCGGACAUUUCUCCAGCGUAGCGGGUCAUGUCUCAUACAAAUCACAAUUCUUUGGGACAACCCCGCUUGGAUUGUACCAGUAUAUGAAAAUCUGGUUGAGAGGAGUGGAGGAGUAUUACCACCCCAAUCACGUGAAGAAAUUAUGGCCGGUGUCCAUCUUGGCUCUGUCAUUCAGGAGCUACAUGCCCAUGUGCAUCGUUGGCAUGAGUUUACGCUCAGGACGACCUCCAUUGCCCACACAUAUCAAGCACUUUCGUUGAUGUCACGCCCUUCCGUCCAUCCAGCCUGUGGACUAGAAAAAUUGCAUCUUCAAUUUAUACACAACUCACGUCAUGCAACUCAUUUUAUUGGUGAACCAUCACUUUUCCCCGGUUCAGCGCCUCCCAUCCGCGAUCUUCUUCUUUUUGGCAUAACCUGGGCCUGGCCAUCAUCGUCCAUGCUAUCGUCCAAUCUCACAAACCUCCGGAUCCAUUAUGAUACCCACAUGAAUGAAUACAAUUCACGCGCGGGGCCUGAAGCAGAAAUGUUGUCGCAGCUCCUUGGCGCACUCAUCAACCUCCGGACUCUGGCGCUCGAGGUGAACCUUCAAUCUUUUGAUACACACACCAUCAAGUUGCCUCGUUUGCAUAGCCUGGCUAUCAAGUCGCGCACAAUCGACUGUUGGGGCACGGAAUUUCUCCACAAUGUUCAAAUGCCUGAUCUUCGGAUCUUGACCUUGUGUGUGACCGCAGAGCAGCUUGACGACAGUAUUGAAUAUUUCCUUGAUGAGUUGGUCAAUCUUACCGAUUCUGAGGAUCCUCUGGAGCUGGAUGAACUCCACCUCUUCAAUUUUGCACAGUAUGUAGAUGCUGGGUUCCUUCAUCGCCUGUACACCCAGAUGUCCAAGGUCAAGACAUUGACAUUAGGACCAGGGGAGGACUACAACAAUCUCGUGCUGGCAACGGCGCUGCUCCCCACAUCCAGCAGACUGCAAGAUCUCCCUCUCCCUGGACUUCAGACACUUGUUGUGUUUGAUGUUCCAAAACAACUCAUACGGUGCAUCGUACUAGAACGCCAGUCGCUUGCUGGUCCGUUAGAGGAGCUUUACUGUAGUUACCCUGAGGGCAACGAGACAGAUGAUUGGCAACUUCAAGUCAAGAAAUUCUACCGCAUUGGUCACCUGAAGUCCACCCAUUACACUGAUCCUACCGCCUAA